UGGAGGGGCAGGGCAGACAUGGCACCAUCUGAAAGCCGAGGCCGAAGGCGCGCUUCAUGGGUUGCUGUUUCCGCAGCGAGUUGGGCUGCUUCACAAGGUCUUGCACAACCAUCCGGCGUCAGCACAGCUUGGCUCACGCCCCGGGUGACUUUCGCAUCGCACGGGACGAUCUCCGUUCUCUCUAUGGGUCGCCUCGGAGAUUCAGGGCGUGCCUCCAAACCCUGUCAUGGUCGCCGUGCAUCACGGUUUGCCUUGGCUGAAAUGUCCUAUGCUGUGGGUGAGUUGUUGGCUGUGCCGGCCCUUGGAGCCAUAGCCGCCUGGUUCGUGUAUCGUCGGGCCAAUGGCUCCGCGAACCAAGCAGAUCCCGGACGGCAGGAGCUCAUCAACGAGUACUUUGCCCCUGGGACCUUGGUCUUGGAAUUGCCAUUGGACAACGGUGGCACGUUGCAGGUCACUUCCCACGCGGCCUCCGAACGCGAUGCGCCGGGAUCUCCCAUGGGCUCCUUUGAGGAAUGGCGCUGCCUACGAUUUCUCCAAAGUGGAGGUCUCAUUCAAAGUGUGACCAAGGUGGUGGUGUCUCCCCAUAGCCAGCUCGCAAAGUUGAGAGGAGCCGUGGUGCCCUUGGCCUAUACCAAGUCCUUUGCCACCGUAGUUCUGGCCGCCCUCUCCGCGGUGGGGGCACCGGUGCGACGCAGGGGCAAGGAGCAACUGCGCAUCCUUUGCAUCGGCUUGGGGGGUGGCUCCGUUCCGUCCUUCAUUGCCGAAGGCUUACCCCAUUGUCAAGUGGAUGUGGUUGAGUUGGAGCCGGCCGUGAUCCAUGCUGCGAAGCAGGGUAUGGGAUUUUCCGAACGGCCGAACCUGAGAGUCAUCCAGGAGGAUGGAGCGAUGUUUGCUUUGCGUGCAGUCAAGGAGCAGGC